AUGAAUAAGUGGUCAACAUCAUUACCGUCGAUGAUCUCAUUGUGUAGUGAUGUACAAUUUCAAUUCGAUCCUAUGUUUAUGCAACAAAGUAGAAUAUCAAGAGACACAUCAAUAUCAUCAUCAAAUAAAAAUCUACAUGAUGGCGGAGGUUCUAUGAGCGAUUUAUCAAUACUUAUUCAAGCUGAGCAAUCAUUUCAGAAUUAUGAUGAAUAUUCAAAUAAUUAUUCAUCAUUGUUAAAACCAUCCUGUUCAUUGUUUAAUACAUCUAUCGAACAUGAAACAACAAUACAAGCAGAUCUAUCUUCACAUAAUCACUAUGUACCUGAGAACGAAUUAUUACAAUCAUUGGUUGCUUAUGCGGAUAGUUUUUAUGUAGAUCCUGCUGAUUAUAAAAGACAAAAUGCAAAACAACAGCCCGUGGCACCAACAUCAAUUCCGACAAUGCGAACAAUACCAAGGCGAAGAACACAAUCAUCAGCAGUUCAUAUAAAAUCAAUGGUUGAAAAUGAUCCACUAGCACGACAUAAAAGUUGUGAUGAUCUAUCAAUAGCAUGUACUGUAUCAAGUCCUAGUAAGCCAACAACUGUGAUACAACGAGAAAAAAAUUUAGUAAAAAAACAUUACACUAAAUUUGUACCAUCGAAAUCGCAUCCACAAUUCUUUUUCGCUACAAAAGCAGAUGAGGAUGAUCAUAAUGAAAAUGAAAAUGAAAAUGAUAAUAAUAAUAUUAAUCAUGCUUUGGAAAGAAUUCAUCAAGAGAAACUAACCGACGAUGUUAUAACAACAGCAGCAGAUGGUUCAAAAUUUGAAUGGGAAUAUUCAUCAGAUACAAUGAACGAAUUUAACAAACAAUCAACAGAAUUAUGUCAUAAUUAUGAAGCAACAACUAAUAUUGGUGAAAUUAAUAGGAAUUAUUUAAGAGAUCUUGAACGGUCUUCGUCUAUGGCUGCUUCUAUGGAUUUUUCUCAGGAACUUUCUACACCAAUUCCACCUCCACCCGUUAUCAUACGUAGGAAAAGUAAAGAUUUUAUAUUUAAACAACAAGUUGAUAUACAAUUACUUCGUCCACCAACUCCUCCACCACCAGCUCCAAUUAUUAUUCGAGAAGUUCGUCGUAAGCCAUCUCAAAUUCAUAAGCCAAUAACAAUACAUCAGAAACUAGAAAAUACAGGCCAAAUCCACAUAUCUAAAACACCAUCUCCUAUUAUAAUUCGUGAACGUCCACCACUUCCACCUAAACGGGAAUAUUCGUCCAAACCAACUAUUUUGUAUCGUCAUUUACCAACUCCACCUCCAUCGCCGCCAACUGUCAUUGUUGAACGUCUUCGGCCACAGGCGUUAAAUAUCAUACAAAAACCACCAUCAAUUUUAGUUGAAAAAUGGUUACCGUAUCCACCUGAACAACAACGUAAAAUAAUUUAUGAGAAAGCAUCACCGUUACCGUGGCGACAUAAAUAUCUUACUAAUGAACAAGCAAAAAACAUUAUUGUCGAAUAUGACGAUGUUAAUGUUAUUAUUAAUAAGGAUGUAAAACAGCGACAAGAAAUAAAACGUGUUAGGCCAGAUCAAUAUGUACAACAAUUUGGAAAUUCAUUGUAUUCGAACGAAACCCUCAAUCAACUAUUAACUGAUUUUACUUUUGCAUCAUACGCGAAGAACGAAAAUCCAAUUCUGUCACAUCCAAGUUACUAUGAAAAUUAUUCACCAAUGUUUCAUUGA